AUGGUCAAACUGCAGUCUUGGGGUGCAUUGGCCCUGGUGGCUCCCGCCGUCCUGGCGCAAAGCUGCAUUUCUUUGGCGGGCUCGAAAACCUGUCCUGCCUUCAACUCUUCUUCAAUAUCAACUGAUACUGAGUUGGUUAAUCUUUACCCUUUCCUAGCAUUUGUUACCAAUACAGAAGACUUCGACACACAGUUAAGUCAAUAUGUUACUCAGCGAUACGUACAACUCAAGUACGUCGAUAUCUUCGGCUGUGACAAUGUGGAUCUUCACAACACUUCAAACUAUUAUGCCCGCUACACGACCAGCUUUUUAUGCAACGGAAUCGUACAGAACUCUCUAAAGCCCUGUGGAUUGUCCACUGCAGAGUCCAGACCCCUUUGCGCCGACGCUUGUGCCGAGCUGGCACUCAGCGAAGAUCAGAUCGUCUCAAGUGAUACCUUGUGCAGGGGCCGAAAUGACGAUUGGGAGGCUCAGUUGCGGUCCGACUUCACCAACUGCGCCUUGCCCUCCAAUGCGACCAGUGCGAACUGCAUUACCGGCGAGUCCAACGAACCUCUGGACUGCGGAUUUGGGGGAAACUUGAUGGGGCUUUGCAACUUCUGUCGUAGCAGCACUGAGAACGGCACUGACUCGUGCUGCUUCACUGCCAAUGCCACCGGUCGAUGUCAGGAUGUCACACUUCCUGUUUUCUCAACUCUUGCCGAUCUCUUCACUUCCACUGCCACGGCUACAGGUAGUGCGGCCACCAAUACUUCAUCUUCAAGUGCGGCCAAACAUCACGACGGCCACGGUCUGAGCGGUGGUGCCAUUGCGGGGAUUGUUAUCGGGUCAAUUUUGGGAUUUCUUCUAUUGCUCGGUCUUCUUGUUCUCGCUUUUGUCUGCCUUCGACGUCGCCGCAACGACAGCAAGGCCGGCAGUCUCCUCAACCAACCAUCUCCACACCGGAAAGGUGUGUCCUCGUCAGCAUACAAUCAACCCAUGACUCAGCAACCAGGGUUUGAAGUCCUCCCAGGCGGACGAGUUGCCCGUAUGUCUGCUCUACAGGAUGAACAAGCAGGCGGUAUGACCGCUCGCCCAGACAUUGGGCCAAGAAACUACACUUCUCACACAGAUCCAUAUGGUGAUAGCCCGGAAUCCCACGAUAAGGUUGUUGGGGCUGCCGGAGCCAUCAAACAUCGGGGAUCCCCCGGGGAUUCGCAGGAGAGCAGCUCGCCGGGCGAGUAUUCAUCGCCGGAAGGGGUGGGAAGCGGACAGUCCGAGCAAUUACCUUUUUUCAAAGACUACUAUUCCAACGACGACAUUCAUCCAGGAGACAAGGUGGCCGUACUGUGGGCCUACCAACCACGGGCGGGGGAUGAGUUUGAGCUCGAAAGAGGAGACAUGCUCAAAGUGGUGGGCAUCUGGGACGACGGCUGGGCAACUGGAGUGAGGCUUAACGAGCGGGCAGAGGACUAUGACGGCAAGGAGCACCAGCUGCAGCGAGACAGUGGUGUUUCCAAUGUGACGGGCGCACGGCAGGAGUCUCCUACACCGCCUGGAGAGAUCAAAGCUUUCCCUCUGGUCUGUGUCUGUCUGCCUGAAGCGUGGAAAAAGACGGUGGAAGGGGACACUUCGACGGACAGCGGAUCAGCCGGUGGUCGACCGCCGACAUGA